AUGACUUCCGAAAUGUCCCUCGCCCAGGGCUACGUCCAGGCGAAGUCGUAUAUUCCCUACGACCAAAUUCUCCUCUUCGGAGAUUCGAUCACCCAGUUCUCAGCAUACCAGGGCCGUGGCGGAUAUACGUCCUCUCAGGGGCUGAAUGUGCUGCCCCAGUUCUUCCCGCCGCCACAUGUAGCCAAAGUCCGCAUGAUGACCGUGUUUUUCGGCGCGAACGAUGCUGUCCUGCCGCCGGGAGACCAGUACGUUCCCCUGGAGAAAUACGUACAAAACCUCAAGGCCAUCAUCCAGCACCCUGUAGUCCGAUAUGGAGACACAAAGGUUGUCCUUCUCACUCCGCCACCUGUGAACGAGUAUCAACUCACGGCAUUUGACUUGUCCAAGGGAGUCACCCCCUUGUCUCGCUCGGCCAACAAUACCAAGCUGUACGCCGAUGCCUGCCGUGAAGUCGGCAAGUCUCUCCACGUAGCUAUUGCAGAUAUCUGGUCCGCAUUUAUGAGAGAGGCCGGCUGGGUCCAAGGCCAGCCAAUUGCUGGAUCAAAGGAGAUCCCAGAGAACCCCAAGCUUGCCUCCUUGCUCGUUGACGGCCUCCAUUUCUCCGGAGACGGAUACAAAGUCAUGUACGACGAGGUCCUCAGAGCCAUCCGAGAGACCUACCCUGAAGAAGCUCCCGAGAGGCAGCCUGUCCAUUUCCCGCCGUACCAGUUUGCCGAAGACGCAUAA